AUGAUGAUGGCCGGUCCCACCACAGUUGCAGCGCCCCGGAUGGACCAGCCUACCGGUGUCCCUCUCUACCACGCGGUGCCGACUCGCCGUCCUUCUCUCCCGCAUCAGCCUUCUUCUGGCUCCUAUGGCUCGUUUGGCUCCUUUGGCUCUUUAGCUUCAUCGUCCUCGCAGCAACUGCACCGCCGCAGCAGUUCUGCAACCACAGCCAGCGUCAGUCGCCAUCGCCGCAGCUCCCACUAUCAACACUACCAGCUGCAACCGCAACCCCAGCCAAUACAAGCGGUACAGCCGCAGUUCUUGUUCUAUCCACAGAUCGUUCCCUACCAGCAGAUGCCAUAUCCUCAGCAGCUGCCCUAUCAACACCAGCGUGUGCACAACCUCCUGCACAGCAGUGCCGCCAGCAGCUACCAGACACUUCCCUACCACUACUCGUACCAGCCGGUGAACCAGCCUGUAAACCAGCUCGGUCCCGUCCACGGCUACGGCCAACCGUCGCCAAAGCACCACCUCCGCCGCCAGCAGCAUCUGCUCCCGGACGCACCGCCGUCAUCGUUGCAGCACUCGUCCUGCCCGUCCCUCUCCUCCAAACAGACGCUCGCGGCUCUGCAGACGAAGCAGGCCACGUCCCAAGCAGAGGCCCAGGUCGCGAGCACACAAACGGCUCUUUUCUCAGGCUUCUCGCUGCGUGGCAGCCAGCAGAACAAGGCAGCAGACGGUGCUACACAGAAGAAGCAGGACCAGGACAAGGCACAGGCCAAGGAUACGACAAAGUCCAAGACCGUCCUCCACGCCAGCGCCCCCACCGUCAAGCCGCCGUCCCGCAAGAAGGACUCCGUCGGGCGCAACCGCGGGCCCGUCGACGCCAAAGACCUGACCAACCGUCUGUACACCAUCCUGGCAGAGUGCGGAAUGCAGGCGGCCGCCAACACAACUAGUGCGCCGCCGCUGUCGCCGCUGUCACCACGGUCACCGCUGGAGGCGGCGCCGCCCCAACUUCUCCCGCAAGGCGUCGUCGGCGCCGACCGCAGCGGCCAGCGCAUCCGGUCGCGCGGGUCGGGCAACCUGCGCGCCUUGUACGCGUCCAAUACGCCUAUCGUGCCCACCACAGGCGGCGGCGGAGGCAGCAUCCGCCGGCAACCCUUUUCCGCGCCCAACGACCUCAACACACUGAGCGAGCUGCCCCCGCCGCCCAGUAUGGUCGAUCUGCAGCGGCGCAAGCACCGGACACGGUCGCUGUCCCCGAAUGAGGUAUAUAUGCGUGGUAGCGGGCCAGCCGGCACGACGGGCGCGAAGCUGCCGUCACCCAUGGCACCGGGCACGUUCGGCCAGAGACGCUCUGUGUCGAGCAUGAUCCAGCCGCCGCCCAGCGCGCAACACGGCUUGCCGUACAUUCCCAGCCAGGCGGCGCAGCAGUUUGCGCGCACCACCGCCGCCGCGGGCAGCCCGCGCAAGUCGACACGCGUGCCAAAAUCAAGGGGCCAGUCACCCAAGGCGCCGUACUCGCACAAUCAGUCGGUGUCCGUUUCGCCACCAUUGUCUCCCAAGAGCAAGCCGUCACCGCCGCUGUCGCCAAAGACGAAACCGUCGCCGGCGCGCUCACCAAGAGUGCAGCACGCCUUCAAGGACACGCUGGCCGAGCCGGGUAGCCGGCGCCAGAGUCAGAAGGAGGGCGCAGAGGCUGCCGCGGCUGUGGAGGAUGCACCCGGUGACGCAGACGAAAAAGCCGAGGAGGCGGCCGUUGACGGUGCUGCUGUGGAAGGCGCUGCCGCCGAUGAGGCUACAGAGAACGCCGAUGACGAGGCCGAGGCCGAGGCAGAGGGAGGUACCGAUGCCAAUGCCAAGAUGGCCAAGGCAGCAGCCACGAAAGCAAUGGCAGCGGCCGACGUCCGCCGUAUUGUGCAGGAGCACAGCGUCGACUGGACGCAGAGCGAUGAGGCCACGGUACUGCGGAAGCAGGCGAAGAAGGAGAAGAAAGAGCGCGAGAAGCGUGAGAAGAAGGCCAAGCAGCAGCAGCAGCAGCAGCAGCAGCAGCAGCAGGCAGGCGAUGAGGCCCGCCCACUGUGGCGGCUCAAGGCUCGGCUGAGCAGCUUCUCCAAGGACAAGCUCAUGCCGUCGCCGCCCGCCACGGCGGUGGCGGUGGCCGAGGACAAGGAGGACAAGGCUGCACCGACUUUGGCAGCGACCGUCGUGGAGGAGGCAUCCAAAGUCCAAGAACAGGUUCUAACUGCCGGAGGUACCAAGGAGGUGCCAGGGGUGGUUGAGUCUGCGGCGGGCGAGCCGACAUCGAAGUCGUCGUCUGUGCUUUCGCUGACGGCGUUGACCAAAUCGUCGUCGUUCCUGUCUCGAUUCAAGUUUUAG